CUUGAAUCGUAACGUUAUUUAUGAAGACAUCGUUCGCGCACUCAGUGUUUGAAUGGGUUUUGAAAAACAAAAACAAAUCCAAAGAAAAUCAAAACAAAAACACGUUUUCAAAGACACUCUUCACCGCAGAUCUCAUCACCGAAUGGAUCAGUCGAUGGACACAUGAAUGGCCGCUAAAGUCAAGAAAGCCAUGACUGCAGGCAAGGGGUCGGUGGUCGACAAGACAGCCAUCGGGGGUCAGCGCGCGAGCCGUUCGUGUGUCUCAAGACGUGUGUCGACGACAACGACCGCAACGCCGACCACCAGGACAUCGACGACGGCUAAGAAGCGGCCGAAGACUGUGUCUGAGGUCACAAAGUGGUCGUUCGCCGAGACGUCGGCGCUGAUGACGGUGUGGUCGCAGUCGAGGGCCGUGUCUUCGUAUGGCAGCCAACGAGUACUUAAUCAGUACAUUCAGUCCAGACUCGAGGCCAUGGGAUUCAAGAGGAAUACGGAACAGAUCCGAUGCAAACUCAAGAGAUUGAGGGAUAAUAUCAACACAAGCUUUACGUCAACCACUUCUUCGACAUCCAAUAAAUCCCAAUGCGAGCCAUCUUUAGAUAACACAGAUGAGUCGGAGUCCGAGUACGACAUCGGAUACGAGAUAACACUGACGGACACGGAGUCCGAGGAUUCACUGCAAGAGAUGUUUAAUCCAAAGACAACGUCUGUGUCCAGCAGUUGCUAUCCCACUGUAAGCCAUAGAUCUGAAGACAUAGAGAAACCUCGACAACAGGUAGUCGUCGAUGGUAUGGAAAGUCUUAAGCGAGAACUGACGGACACCGCGGAUGAGAUAAUCGGUGGUCCGAAACGGCUAAAGGAGUCGAUUGUGGCGUUUAAUAAGGAGUUGAGUCGACUUACGGGUCAAUUGCGUGAUAAAAGUGUGUCUGAUAUUGAUAUUCACAUAAAGUAUCAGAGAUUUAUGGCUAACUCGAGUGAACAGUUGUCACAGUCAUCGACAUCACCGCCGAAGAGGUUGAAGAUAUUUAUGCCAAACAUUAAUAAGAAGUUGUGA